AUGCAUGGACAUCCGCGUGUCCUGCUACUUCUCCUACCUCUGGUAUCCCUGGUAUCCCUCUAUGGAACCCCUCAUCUACUGGUUCCGGGAAGGAGACAGCCUACACGUGAUCCUGUGGCCACCAAUGACCCAAGCGGACGAGAGAAGCCAGAGUGCCGGGGCCGAUUCCGCCUCGUCGGGGACCCCAGCAACAACGACUGCUCCCUGAUCAUCAAAGGGGCCAGGCUGAGCGACUUAGGAGUCUACUACUUGCGAAUGGAGAGAGGACCUGAAGUGAAAUAUACUUACAGAAAUAAGCCGAAUUUGCUGGUGACAGCAGAGAAACAUGACAUCCAGUUUGUGGAGCCUCUGGAGGCCGGUUACCCCACAAAGCUGACCUGCAAACUGUCAGUACCCUGUGCUGGGCGACAACCUCUCCUGUUCUCCUGGGCGGGGGACGCCCUUGACGAGAUGGACCCAGGGACCCUCCACUCCUCGGAGCUCACCCUCACCCCGAGGCCCCAGGACCACGGCUCCAACCUCACCUGUCGGGUGACACUCCAGGAAGCACAGGUGACCCUGGAGACAACCAUUCGGCUCAAUGUCUCCUAUGCUCCACAGUUGGUGAUCAUGAGAAUAUCUCAGGAAAGCUUCACAGAUCUGAAUGGCACGUCACUGCCCAUCCUGGAGGGCCAGUUCCUGCGCCUGGUCUGUGUGGCCGACAGCAACCCCCCUGCCAGGCUGAGCUGGCUCUGGGAGGGGAAACCCCUGAGCCCGUCCCAGCGCUCAGCCCCCGGGGUCCUGGAGAUACCCCGCGUGGGGGUCGGGGAUGGAGGAGAAGUCACCUGCCGAGCUCAGCACCCGCUGGGCUCCCAGCAAGUUUCCUUCAGCCUCUCUGUGCAGAAAGGCCCCCCUUCCUGCAGCUGUGAGACUGAGGAGCCGCAGGGCUCCUGGCCCCUGGUCGUCACCCUGAUCAGAGGGGCCCUCAUGGGGGCUGGCUUCCUCCUCACCUAUGGCCUCACCUGGACCUACUACACCAGGUGUGCUGGCCACUCGGGAGCUGGGCUGAGCGGUGUGGCUGAGCCUCGCUCCCUGUUAUGA